CAACCGAGAAUUGAACAAGCUUUUCUACACUAACGAACGGAGAUUAAAAAAACCAAACAAAACCCAAGUAUUCAUCAUGGCUUCUGGUCUUCUCGCUCAAGAUUUCUUGGAAACUUUCCGGUCCCGGAAGUUACUAUUAUCGGCCCCGCCGCCGGCAAACGGCAGCUUCGACACGGUGGCGGCCGGGGUGGCGGCGAGCACGACAUUCGACGCGAACGUUGUGAUGGUCCUGUCGGUGUUGCUGUGCGCUUUGAUAUGUUCUCUGGGGGUGAAUUCCAUCAUAAAGUGCGCGUUGCGGUGUUCGAGCAUUGCCGCCGGGAGGUCGCCGGCGCCGGAGCGGUCAAGCUCCGGCGGCUCGCCGGCGAGGUUGGCGAACACGGGGAUCAAGAAGAAGGCGCUCAAGACGUUCCCUAUCAUCAGCUACGCCGCCGGCGACUCAAAGCUGCCGGGAUUGGACACCGAUUGCGCAAUUUGCCUGUCGGAAUUUGCCGCCGGCGACCGCGUUAGGGUUUUGCCGAAAUGCAACCACGGAUUCCAUGUUCGGUGUAUAGACAAGUGGCUUAGCUCUCACUCUUCUUGCCCCACUUGCCGCCACUGCCUCAUCCAAACCUGCCAGAAAAUUGUCGGCGCCGCCGCUACCCAACCGCCUACUCCCGCCACGCCGCCGCCGGUGCCGGCCGCCGUCGUCAUCCAGAUCGACCCCCUCCACCGGGAAGGUUUCUUGCCAAACUAUCAUAAUUAGGUUAAUUUCUUUAAUUUAGUUAAUUGAGCCAAGAAUUUGUAACCCCCACGAAUCCAAGAUCUCCAAUUGUACAUUUAUUUAACUAAGGUUUUGUUUAAAGAAAAAAAAGAGUUUAAUUUCCACUCUUAAUUUCAUGCCA